AUGCUGAACAACAAACGUACGUCAACGGGCCUGGCUUUAGGUGUCGGCGCUGUCAUUGUCACUCUGGAUGUUGGUCUCGUCUAUUGUGGAAAGGCAUACCCUUAUUCUGCCAAUCACAUCUUGCAUGGUACAGCGUUCGCUGCUCCUGCCACGGGAGUCGCCCCCUCGUUAUGCGAGUCUUGGCGUACCUCUUCAUGGACACAUACAUUCAACGCGCAUCCUGGUCUCCGAAUACAUCGACCACUGGACACGACUGUGCAGCUGAAAAGGAACCCAGUUACCCACAUCAAUUUGAAGAAGGGAAAUGGUUCACAUCCCUUCGACUGUGGCGAUCGUUACAUGAGAGAAGUAAACAUCAGAAACGGGUGGUACAACUUGGACCUGCAAGAUUCUCUGGGAGAUUAUACAUUCGAAGCCAAGGAUUCCAUCGCACCUAUGCUUCAAACAGAACCUAAAAACCGGCCAACUGCCAAAGAGAUUCCGUAA